AUUCGUUCGUUCAUCCAUGCAGCAUGUCCUCGUCUGUUCAUUCAAACCAUCUCAGGUUUCCAGCAGCCGCAGCACGCACAACCAACAUGAAGAUGGGCACGACGAUGCCGACAUCGCCAUAGACGUCUCUUUACAACGACCAAACAGCUUCUGUCUGCAACCCAUCUACGCAGCUAGCUCCUCUGUCCUGUCCCACAGUACACAUCACGCCACCCGAACAGCCCGCCCCUAGCCCAGGACGUCGACGCGAUAAAUGAGAUAACACCACCUGGCCCAGUUGUAGACCAGCCGCACAGCUACCGUCCUGCUCCUCUCAUCCCGCCCAUCCCCCCGCCGCACAGUCUGCUCGUCUGCCGCCGCCCGGCUGCCCCAGACCUUGACCAAGAAGACCAUCACGUCAUCGCUCUCAUUCGAUGGGGACAGCAAAGUCGACCGAUCCAUAAUCUGCAGAGUGACCAUGGACAGAAAGGUGUGGUGCGUUGGGGGCGUCCAUCGAUGUGACCUGACCGACCUCGUAUCGGGUGAAGUCCAUCAGGAAGGGAUAGAGCGUCUCGAUCAUUUGCCGAAAGGCCUCGUAGGUCAGCGUGGGACCCACAGGCAGACCUGCGCACAGACAGACACCAAAUGAGUCGAAUCAAGAAUGCACACACACGCACACGACGGUCGUUGCUCACCUCCCAGUAUCCUCGUCUGCGCCCAAUCCAUUCGUUCAUCGCUCGACGGCUCCCCAUGGAGCGUCUGGCGGCCCGCGUGGUUGGCGGUGAAUCGAAAAGUCUCCCUGACGCCGGCAUCGUCGGCCGCGUCACGUCGGUCUCUGAGCGCCCGCAUGACGUACUCGACGAGCCGACGGGGCGAGGUGAACUCGGCUGGCCCUCUCUCGCCCACCGCUCCAACUGCUCCAACCACACAGACAGACACCGCAGACUUGGUUUCCUCUCUGUGCGAGAGUCAUCGGUUGGGUUACCUGGGUCCAAGCCUCUCUUGGCAACUUCGGAUCUGAGUUGCAGAGCAAGAUCUUCUUGUCCGUCCUCUCCCAUCGCUGCACCAUCGCCUGACGCGCCGCCUUCAUUGGCAAGAGCUGCAGCCGCUCGUCGUUUCUUGUGCGGCCUGAUCUGGGGCAGCAGAUCGCAGCGCAGCGACGAGUGGGGCGAGAUGAACAACAUGUGUGGCCGUGGAAGCCCCUUCGAUGAGUCAGUUGCUGGGCUGUGAGGCAUACCAGCCACCGUCACCAUUGUAAGCGAUGCGAAGAGCCGGAUGGAACAGAAAGCGAAGCUGCUGCCUAUCCGUAGGUGUGGAAUGGCCAUCCAUACCCUACCUCCUUUGGCAUCAACAAUUGCGAGCUCCUUAGCGAUCCCUGACCUUUCUGUAAGCGCACAAGAUAACGGACGCCACGCGUCCCAGCAACAGCCAACGCGCGGUGCUUACCAUGUAUCUCUUCUCGUUCAUCUCCCGGCUCAUCUGCUCUUCACCUUUAUUCUUCUUAGGGGUCUGGCUUCCAUCGGGAGAUUCGCUCGGAGUUGCCGGCGCCCUUACCGCUGGCUGUGUUGGCUGUCGCAACGCGUUCGAGAAGCACACUGCCAGGUGGAUGCGCUGCGUGUCGGUUCU